GACACUUGAUAAUGGGUACUAAAUUUUCUGCAGAAGCUGCAGUUCUCUUUUUCGUUAUCCUGCUAGCUUUGACUUUUGAAUCCAAAGCAGGAAGCAUAGUGGUUUACUGGGGCCAAGAUGGCAGGGAAGGAACACUAACUAGCACAUGCAACUCAGGAAAAUACGGCAUAGUAAACGUAGCCUUCCUCUCAGUUUUUGGGAAAGGCCAGAAGCCUCAACUCAACUUAGCUGGCCAUUGUAACGCUGCCUUAAAUGGCUGCCAAGGAAUAAGCAGAGACGUCAAAAAUUGUCAAAACAAAGGCAUCAAGGUGAUGCUAUCAAUUGGUGGUGGUUCUAUUAGCUACUCAUUGUCCUCGGAUGAUGAGGCCAGGGGCAUCGCUGACUACUUAUGGAACAAUUUUCUUAGUGGGAGCUCCAACUCAAGGCCACUAGGCGAUGCCGUAUUGGAUGGAAUAGAUUUUGACAUCGAGGGUGGUGACCGUCACUACGUUGCGUUAGCCACCAGACUUUCCGAGCUCAGCCAAGGAGGCAAGAAAGUAUACUUAGCAGCGGCACCACAGUGCCCUUUUCCUGAUUACUAUCUGGAUAAUGCCCUUUCCACUGGUCUUUUUGACUAUGUUUGGAUCCAAUUUUACAACAAUCCCCAGUGCGAGUAUAAAUCAAAUAGUCCUAAGGGCUUCAAAGAUUCAUGGAACAAAUGGACGUCUUCUGUUCCUGCAAGUAAGUUCUUUGUUGGACUACCGGCUUCUCCCGCAGCUGCCGGCAGCGGUUAUCUGCUGCCAAAUGUGGUGAUAUCACAAGUGCUACCUUUUGUGAGGGGAUCCGCCAAGUACGGGGGUAUAAUGCUCUGGAACAAAUACCUCGAUGACAAGAACAGAUAUAGUUCAAAGAUCAUCAGCAGCGUUUGAGAGAAACCUCAAAAUUAUGACGAGUGAUAAAAUCUUGUCUGAAAUGAGCAAUGAAUAAUAUGAGUUAAAAUUGAAGAA